AAACUGAAAUGUUUUCACUCCCGAAAUAUAUCAGCAAUGUCACAACUUACAAGACUCGCAACAGCGCGAGUGAGACUGAGAGAGAGAGAGGAUGGUGUCAACUAGAAAAUCGUCGGCCCCUGCAACACCGCCGACCCAAUCCAGAAACCCUAUAACCCCAUUCUCUACCCCCAAAACCGUCUCUGCCUCCCUCAAAUCGAUAUUCUUGGAGGAUUGGUGGCUCGUCAAGGCUCAAGGAAACGCAUUGGCUGUUGAAGGCUUCGCUAAAUCACAGAGAUCUGCACAAAGAACUUUUAGCUCAGCAGCAAUUUCAAAGAGACAUACUGCCACAAGUCUUGAGACAACAGAUGGCGUCAUUGUCACACUCGGUGGUUCCUUAAAUAUCUCUCGCACAAGUCAGAACGGUUUUCUGCCCGAGGUAUACAAUCGCUAUCUGCCUGGAUUUCCAUUUGACUGGAAAGAGCAUGCGGCUGGUUUGUCGGGUCAAGGUUCUACAUCAAGUUCCUCAGCCAGAAAUUCAUCUCAAAAGUACAACAGGUCAUUAGAAGACGGUGAAAGUAAUCCGUUAACAUUUUCCAUAGCUGAUGUCCCGAUGACAGUUACACGUGAUUGCAUAAUGUCUUGUACUGGAGAUUCUAAACAACUGAAGACCAUUUUCGAUGAUAUACUGAGAACAUCCCGGGAAAAUGUUUAUGGAGAUACCACUCCGCAAAUGAACUCAAACACGGAAGAUGUGGAAGCUGGACGAAACGCCACGCCAACCACGGCUAAGAGUGUUAAGAUUGAUGGUGAAAAUAAUCAGAGUACAGACAUUUGGUCAAAAAACAGCCAGAAAACUAAGAAGGGAAUCUCUUCCCGAAAAAAACAGACCAACACGAAACCUGUACCGACAAGAUCAAGUACCAGGCUGAAGAAUCUCGAAAGCAAGGAAAGACGCAUCAGCAAUCUAGCUUAGGACUGAGAACCACAAGGGGUGCGUUAGGUCUGGGUGUUGCCGUCUCCAAUCAAGGUAAAGCAACUUGCAGAAAGAAAGACACAUCUCUCAUUCCCAACUGAGAGAACUCAAGAAAAUGCAGCAUUUCUGGAUGUUCUGUAUAUAAUCAAGUGUGCCAAUCAUUUAGUCAGUAUUGUUUAAGAAUUGCUCAGUUGUUCUUAUAUUUUGCAUUAUACGAACUUGUUUUUGCCAUGAUCUUUUUAGCCCAUGUUUACAGAUUACCUUACUGAUUCACUUCCAAGGCUUAACCAUGUCAAUAGAGGCUGGCAGAUUC